GAAUUACUUAUAUUACUUAUAAUGCGUCGGGGCCGUCGCCAAUAGCCUUAUUCUGCAACCCUUCAUUUCGCUCAUUCCGCGUCACCCGGGCCCUACUGGCCACACAGUUAGUCGCCCAACCUUCGAGCCAGUAAUAGGUUAACUGCUGCGUUCGUUUAAACUGUCCUCUGCUCUUACCUUUGCUUUUGCCAACAACCCUACCUCGAAUCACGCAAUCAUCUAACCCUGCCCUGCGCAUUAGCUUUCUCCGGGGUGCCGGAAAACGGUUUUUUCAUUCCUACCUAUGAAUCUUCAGGCGUUAGGUGCAUUUGCGGCACGUUUGAGGUUGCGCGCCAAAGGAAUCAGCCAUGCGGAACAGUGACCUCUAUGCUGACGCCAUCUACGCUACAGCUUAUGCAGCCCGACUAUGCCCAGACGUCUUACUUCGUGCAUUCGGGACGUCCUACCCGGUUCAUAGGAUCAUAUUAGCAUCACAAAGCGCCUACUUUGCAACACUAUUACGCUGGGUCUCAUGGUCAGCACCUCGGGAGGCUGGCGGGCAGGAAUGCCUUCCCAGUCACGACCUAGUGCUGGGGGAGGAGGUGACACAGCGAGGUUUCGAGUGGCUGCUGGAGUACUUCUACGGCAGUCCACUCCUGGCGCUCACACCGGACAACGUGUUCGACGUGCUGGCCUCCGCGCACUACCUGGGCGCCACCCGGGUGCAGAGCGCCUGCGUGGACUUCCUGGCGCAGCACCUGGACCCCACCAACUUCGCCGCCUGCCUGACCUGGGCCACCGGCGCCGACCACGGGGCAGCCUCCGACAUGCUCGCCGCCGCCUGCCGCCUUGUGCUGUCGCUGCAGCUGCCGCGCAACCUGCCCGCAUGGGCGCCCGCGCUGCCCCUCAUCGAGCCCCCAGUGCUGCUGGACAUCCUGUCGUCCGACCACCUUGCCGUACACUCCGAGUACGGCAGGUACGAGCUGGUGAGGGAAGUGGCGGGACUGCUCCUCCCGGGUGAGGGUGAGGGCGGUGCUGCGGCUGCUGCAAAUGGUGGUGGUGGUGGUGGGGUUGCGGAGGCGGAGGUAGCAGUCGAGGAGGCGGCGGUGGCGAGGUCGGCUUCAUGGUCGCUGCCAUCGUCGUCGGCAGGGAUGGAUGGUUCAGGGGCUGGUGGCGGGGGCACUGGCGGUGGUGCAAGGAGUGGUGGUUGCGGCAGGGGGGCUGCUGCUACUGCUGCUGCCUGCAAGGAUGGCGGCGGAGGUGCCUCCCCGCUGCAGCGCCUGCUGGGUGCCGCCCUGCACCUGCCCGACCAGCCUGCCAUCACCCGCCACCUGCACCUGGCGCGAUCAUGCCCGGCGGCAAUACCCUGCAGCAGCAGCACCACCACCGCAGCAGUAGUUAGGGCAGCAGGAGGUGGCGCUGCUGGAGAGGACGGCGGGUUGGGUAGCAGCGGCAGGAAGGCGGUGUCGAGCAACAACAUCAGCCCGGCUGCUGCAAGCGGCAUGGGCAUGGCGGGCUCCCCGGGCUCGAGUACGACGACUACCUGUGAUGGCCCCAGCAGCGGCGGCAGUCAGGGUUGGAGCAACAGCAGCAGCGGCAGCAGCGCUCGCGUUAGCUUCGGGUCUACGACUGCUUCGGAGACGGAGGGACCCGCCGCUGCUGCUGCUGCGGCUGCGGCUGCUCCGGGCUCCAAUGCAAACACACUGGCUGAGACACCCACGACACCCUCCUCUGUGCCAGCGGCAGCAGCAGCCAGCCCGGAUGCUGGUAGUGUCCCCGCUGCUGCCACUGCCGCUGCCGCUGCCGCCGCCGCGUGUGCUCGGCUGCUGCUGCACGAGGCGGUGCGCUACGAGCACCUGACGGUGCCUCAGCUGAUGGCGGUGCAGGCGGAGGGGCGAGUGCCGCAGCAGCUGCUGCAGGCGGCCCUGUGGGAGCGAGCGAGGCUGGA